GAGAGGCACAGACAGAGAGGGUUGAGGAGAAGGAUUCGUUCCGAGGGAGAAAAAAAGCAGUGACAAAAGAACCCACAAAGAAUAAAAGGGUGCUAGAAAAGUCUUGCUGUUCCAGGUUAAGUAAGAGAACCAAGAUGAAGCUGCUGUGCCUGUUGCUGCUGGUCAGUCUAACAGCCUCUCUUCCAGUUCUGAAAACUUCAGGAGGAGAAGAGUAUACAACUCAGCCCUCCUACACCCUGACUGGGACACUGACCCAGACACCAAGUACUACAGAGGCAAAGUCUCGCUUUGCCAUGCUGGACGAUGUUCGCCUGCUGGCAAAUGGCCUCCUACAGCUGGGCCAGAGCCUACGGGAGUUUGUCCACAAGACAAAGGCCCAGAUCAACGACAUCUUCCAGAAGCUGAACAUUUUUGACCGCUCCUUUUACCAGCUCUCAGUGGUCACCUCGGAGAUCAAGGAGGAAGAGGAGGAGCUGAAGAAGACUACCAGCUUUCUGAAGGCCAACAAUGAAGAGAUCAGAAACCUGUCAUUGGAGAUCAACGAAAAGAUCAACGGCAUCCUGGAGGAGCGUAGCCAGCUGCAGAACAAGGUGGGGAGUCUGGAGGAGACACUGAAAGGACUGUCACAGAGCAUGGUCCCCAAUGACCAGCUCAGUGAAAUCACAUCACUCAAGCAAGUAAUUGGUGCUCAGGAGAAGACCAUCACUGAUUUGCUGAAAGCUGUGAGGGAGCAGCAUGAUCAGCUCAACCACCAGAAAAUCAAGAUUAAAGGCCUGGAGGAAAAGCUUAGCUAUGACAACUUCCAAGAUGCAAUUGAGAAAGCAGUGGAUUCGCACCCAGAGGCAUCUGACAUGUUUGAAUAUCUGACAGGAAACUCAAGUGGCCUGGAAACAAACGAUCUUCCCGUGGACUGCAGCGAGCUGUUUGACAGAGGCGAGAGGAACAGUGGCAUUUACACUAUCAUGCCUAACCAAUCUGAGGCAUUCAACGUCUACUGUGAAAUGAGUUUAGAUGGAGGUUCAACAGUUAUCCAGCGCAGGUUUGAUGGCUCAGUGGAUUUUGACCAGACAUGGGAACAAUAUGAGAAAGGAUUUGGAGACUUGGGAAAGGAGUUCUGGCUGGGCUUAAAGAAGCUCCACAGCGUGGCAGGACAGGGAGUCUCAAUCCUGCGUGUGGAGCUGGAGGACUGGAAGAUGGAGCGGCGCUGGGCGGAGUACCAGUUCUCACUGGGUGGUCCUACCACCCACUACACACUCAACCUGAGCUACCUCACUGGGGAGCUGCCUGACGCCAUGGCCAAUCACACUGGCAUGAGUUUUUCCACGAAGGACAAAGACAACGAUAACCACCGUGACUCCAACUGUGCUCGCAACUACACAGGUGGCUGGUGGUUCAACGCCUGCGGUGACACAAACCUCAAUGGGAGGUAUGUAUGGCUGAGGGCAAAGGGCCGCUCUUUGAGGAGAAAGGGGAUCCACUGGAAGCCUGGCACAGGUACUUCCUAUUCACUAAAGGCCACCAAGAUCUCAAUACGACCUGCUCCAGCUUCUGGCAACUUCAACUGAAGCACCACCAUAACAACUCCUACAUUUUCCCAUGACACUGUCGGCUUGUUUUUGCAAACACUCAUUAUGUCUACUGCCUAACUGAGGAAUCCCAUCCAAUGGAAAGCUACACAGGAAGACAAAAUAACUUGGCCAUGGACUUAACCCAGGCAUGAUCAGUUUCUGAGAUACCGACCUCUUGGCGCUGCGGCAUCAGAGUGGCUACCUUGUAACACCAUUCUCUCAGAGGUCAGUGUACUGAUCGGCAGAUCACGGGCCAAAAGAUAUGCUUUUUACGUCAUACAAGAAAAUGCUUAACUGUCACAAUGAUGCAAUCACCCUAAGCAGAAUGUUGACCUAUUGGACUUGCAAUAGGUCAACAAUCCGCUAACAGAAAUAUCAUUACAAGAUGUCUGCAAAUUCUUAAUGUGGUUAAGACCACAUUCCAUCCAACUCACUUUUGUAUGUAAAAUGUCCCGGUGCUGUAUUAAAAGAUGACUAAUAGUGACAGUGAUGAAACAGAAUCCAUCCAUCCAUUAUCCAAACCGCUUAUCCUGCUCUCAGGGUCACGGGGAUGCUGGAGCCACAACAGCAAAACUGAAACCACUAGGCUCCAUAUUUCAGUAAGCUUAGAAGCAUUUGACUACUUUGUUGCUCAACUCAAGCUAGUUUAUGAUGAAUUUUGUCUGUAUGGCGUGAAAUAGUAUUGCAUGUUUCUAGCUAUUAAAGUCAUAAAUACCAAUAGGCUAUUACACAAACCAUCAGAUUAGACAACUCAUCAAUAUAGUGCAGAAACUUUGCAUAUUCAAACACACAACUGAAGAAAUUAGGUAGCAGUGAAUCUUGAGGCCAGGCUGGUCAACCAGAGUUAUAAAAUAUUUCUAUGUGUGGGGAACCCCAGUUGUCAAAUUUAGUGGAAAAACAAGGAGAAACAGAGGAGACAGUACAUUUCUGUAGAAAACCUGACGAAGUGUUAAUGAGCUCAGUUUGUUAUUUUUUUUUUUUUACUUCAUAAUGUAUUUAAACCGUUUUCGUACCAAAAUGUGUUAGUAUUACAAUUUAGGUCUGCCCUGAGUGUGUCCUAUGUGUUUUUCUAUGUUACUGAGUCAUAUUGACUCCUGUCUACUUUUCCAAACAUAAUCGUGACUGCACUGUACAUGUGUUUCUUACUAACAACCUGUCAGAUUGUUUAGCGCUCUGAUAAUACAUAUUUAUGAGAACAAAAUAAAAAAAAAAUUA